AUGCCGCCUGCUUUUAGCGACGACGAAGGGUCCGACGUCGAAAUGGACCACCAGUCCGCGACCUCGGCAGUCAAAUCAGGCGGCCGUGUCCGCCCCGACGUCAAAUACACCGAAAUACCCCCAGAAGACGAUGCAUCGGGCUCGGGAGACAAACGGAACGGCGAUGCGGGCGAGGACGACCAAGAUGGGGAGGAGGAUGACGAGGAUCUGGAGGAGGAAGUUUAUGUGGUCGAAAAGAUCAUGUCGCACAUGAUUGAUAAGGGGACACCACUCUUCGAGGUGAAGUGGGAGGGCUACGAUAAGAAGUCAGACCGGACAUGGGAGCCGGAGGAGAACCUGGUCGAAAACGCAUCAGACGCAUUGAACGACUACCUGCUGAGUAUCGGCGGCCGGGAUAAACUGUUCGAAGACACCGCCGCGGCGCUUAAGACAAAGAAGCGCGGUCGGCCAACAUCGGCGACACCCCAGGCGGCCGGGAAACGAUCAAGACGGGACCAUCCGGCAGACUCCGAGCCACCGGCGAGCGCGAAGGCAGUGACAUGGAAACCGCCACCAGGAAGCUGGGAAGACCAUAUCGUGAGCCUCGACGCGUGCGAGGACGAGGAUUCGGGGAAAUUGACGGUGUACUUGACCUGGAAGAAUGGGCAAAAGACACAACACUCCACCAGUGUGAUUUACCAGAGAUGCCCACAGAAGAUGCUUCAGUUUUACGAACGCCAUGUGAAGGUUGUAAGGAGGGAUCCGGGCACGGUUACCCCGGAGUAA